AUGGCUUCAAACUACAAUAAUGAUGAAAAAGCAAGCAUGGAACUGAAAAAAACGAAGGAUGACUUGCAACGUUUAGAGAACGAAAAACAAGUUGCUAAAGAUGAAUUACAAGCGGUCGAAAAACGAAUAGAAGGACUCAAGCAAGAUUCUAAAAAUCAUGAAGCAGAGAUUCGUCGUCUCGAUGAACAAAUUAAACAACUCAAUGCCGAGUUAGAAAGACUCGAGAAAGAACUUGAAGAGUUGCGUGAUGAACACAUACGUUUAGAACAGCAACGACGCCAACACCAGUUGCAACAUGAUCGUCUUCAAGACAAACUAUAUCAAGAAACAGAAAAUCUGCGUAAACUGCAAGAGCAACUCAAAAAACUUGAAGAACAAAAAUGUGAUCUUGAAGAACAACGUAUUCAAUUGGAGCAACGUCGUCAAAAACUUGAACAAGAAAUACAACGAAUAGAAGCACAAAUCACUCAACUUGAACAGCAACUACAGGAGCUACAAAAUCGUAUCAAACUGCUGAAUGAAGAAAUACGGCGAUUAGAAGCAGAAAUCGAUCGUCUCGAAGAUGAAAUCAAAGAUUUACAAAAUCGAAUUGCGACAAUUGAACAACAAAUAGAAAAACUGGAAGAACGUAUUCGUAUCAAUGAAAUGAAACGAGAUGCAAACGAAGCUGAACAAAAGAAGAUCGAAGAUUUAAAACGACGCAUAGCACAUUUAAUUAAUUUGAAAAAAAAUCAUAUUGCAGAGUUAAAACAAGAACAAGUAAAAUUAGAAGCAGAGAAGCGUGAAGCAUUAGCGACAACUAAUCGCGCUAAAGUAGAGUUACAAGCUGCUCAAAACAAAAUGAAAGAAGCACAAAAUAUAGUUAAUCGACUUCGACAGGAACUAAGUGCACUUCAAGAGAGCAUAAGAAAAGUGGAAAACGAAAUUCAACAGCUUAACGGCGAAAAAAAUAAAUUACAAGGACAAUUACAAACUCAAACCAGUCAACGUGCUGAUCUCGAUAAGAAACGACUAGAAACAAAUACAAAACUUAAUGUCAAACAGAAUGAAUUACAGAAAAAUGAACAACAACGAAAUCAACUUCAGCAAAGUGUCACUCGAUUAGAAAAUGAGCUUAAAACUUUACAAGACACACUUUGCUCUUUAAAUAAUCAACAUGAUGAAUGCACCGGGCAGCUUCAACGUGAACGAGAGAAACAAGAAAAGCUCGAAAAAGAAUUAAAACAAGAAGAAGAUAAACAACGACAAGCCGAAACAGCUGUACAACAGCAAGAACAACAAGUAAGAAAUGAUGAAGCAACCUUGCGACAAGCUGAAAGCAAAGAAUCUGCUGCACGCACUGCCGAACAAGAUGCACAAGUUCAAUUAACAACAGCACGAGCCAACUUAAGUGUUGCUCAAGCUGAAUUAGCCAGUGCUCAAGCAGCUGCUGUUGCCGCAGCAGCUACUCCAGCUGCUGCAGCAGCAGCUCAAGCAAGAGUUGCAGCAGCUCAGGCAAAAGUUGUUACUUAUCAAGCACAAGUAACACAACGAACGACUUAUCACCAACUGAAAGUAAAUGAACAUACAGCAGCUCGCACAAAUACUGCAAAAUGUCGUACUACUUUACAACAAGCUCGUACGACACUUCAACAGAAAAAAGGUGAACUUGAAUCUCAAAAACAACGAGUUAAUGGUAAGAAGGUUGAACUCGAUCAACAAAAAACAGUGGUCACAACGACUAAAAAUAAACUUGACAAGUUGAAACAAGAUUGUACGCAAGCACAGCAACAGGUGAAAGAUAAGGAAACAGCAGUCAGAAAUGAGAAAUCUCAAUUAGAAAAACAGAAGAAAAUUUGUGAAAAUUUGAAAGUCGAAAUAAAUCAACUUGAUACAGCAGUUAAAGACUUAGUUCAACGUAUACAAAACCUAGAUCAACAAAUAAAACAAUCUCAAGAUACGUUAAAACAAACUGAGGCUCAAUUGACCAAACAACAAACAGAACUCGGACGUCAGAAAACUCAAGAAACAACGAAAACACAAGAACGUGAUACAAAUAUUGCCGAAGUAAAUAAACAAGCAACGAUUGUACGAGAAAAACAGAAUGAAGUGACACGAUUGGAAAAUCACUUACAGAAUGUUCAAGCUAAUCUCGAUAUGUUGAACAAAUCAGUUCCAGAACUUGAAAAGGAGUUAGCCGAGCAAGAUCAAAAACUACAAGAAGCUCAGAAAGCAAUGCAAAAACUUGAAGCUGAACAUUCGAAACUUGAAUCAAGUCUAGCAGAAGAAAAACGUGAGAAGCAACAAGCAGAAGGAGAAAUUAAAAGACUUACUCGUGAUAUUGAAAGACAACGUGCAACGCUAAAUGAAAAACAACGUGAAAAGGGUACUUUGAAAGCUGAAAUCAAUGGGAAAAAGUCUGAAUUAUCAUCAAAACAGGCACAAAAACUCGCUCGUGAAGCGCAGCUGCAUACUGUUGAAGAUCAACUUGUUGCCAAUAGGCAAGCAAUGAAAACAAUCGAAAACAAAAUGCAUGAUACAGAACGAAAGAUACAACAACAAAAUACAUUACAACAAGAAACGAAACGUCUUUGUGAUCAAGCAGAAGCACAGCUCAGUAGUACACAACUUGAACUCGAUCGAUUUACUCGACAGCUCAAUGAUAAAACAAAUAUUUACGAUAAAAAAAAAAGAACAGCCGAUAGUUUAACCGCUCAAUGCGAAAACCGCCGAGCAUCACAGCUAGCUGUUGAUCGAGAAUUGUCGGAGCUCUCAUCUACACUUCAAGGUCGUCGAGCAAAAAUAGCUCGAACAACACGCAACAUCUACACAGCUAAUCAAUCUAUUGAAGCACGACAACCAACACAGAAAGUAAAACCUGUGAACACUGUCAAACAGGAUGAAUAUUACAGCGAUGAUGAAAAUGAGAUCCCCGUAUAUAGCUAUGUAUAA